AUGAUCAUUGAUAGUGGGUCAUGCACCAAUGUUGCGAGUGAUUACAUGGUGAUGAAGCUUGGCUUAACCACCGAGAAACACCCACACCCCUACAAGCUUCAAUGGCUUAAAAACCAAGGGGAGAUCGAGGUGAGCGAGAGAGUUAAGAUUCCCUUUAGUAUCGGGCGUUAUCAUGACGAGGUCAUGUGUGACGUCGUUCCCAUGCAAGCGGGACAUAUGCUACUGGGUCGGCCUUGGCAGUUCGAUAGAGAAGUAACCCACGACGGUAGGGCCAACCAAUACUCGCUUGUACACAACAAAAAGAAGGUUGUGUUGGCUCCCCUCAGUCCAUCUCAAGUACACGAGAUUCAGCUUCGACUAGCAAAGGAAACCGAGCCGAAGAAAGGGAAGUUUUACCUUAAGGCUAGUCAGGUCGACAAGGCUAUUAGACAAGAGCAAACAAUGCUUCUUCUGGUCUUUAAGGACCUCAUGAGCUUGCGGACCGAAGCGCCAAACGAUAUUCCAGCUGUUAGUCGACUUCUUGAGCGAUUUAGAGAUGUAUUUCCGGAAGAAAUACCCGCCGGUCUUCCUCCUAUUCGAGGAAUCGAGCACCAAAUCGAUCUUAUUACCGAUGCGAAAGUGCUACACAAUGGGCUUUGA